AUGAAAUUUUUAUUCAUUUUGUUGAAGUUAUUGUCAUGGGCAAAAACAGCCCUUCACUGGACUUCUUUUGCCCAUUUCAUGGUUGGCAACACAGAGCGCAAUUCAGGACCUGACUGGAUUGACGACAUCAAACUGGCCCAAGAAGCCCUUAUCGAUGCCUUCGCCCUCAAUAUGGCCCGAGGGGAACCAAUGAACGUCAAAGCCAUUGCAGACGCCCUCUCAAACGCCGAGGCACCAGGUUUCAAGCUCUUCUUCUCCUUUGACUACGCCGGCCGCGGUCCCUUCUCGAAAGACGAGGUAGUCUCAUGGAUCAACAAAUACGCCCCUAGCAGUGCCUACUUCCGGCACCAGGGGAAGCCCCUUGUCUCGACCUUCGAAGGCCCUGACCAGGCUGAAGAUUGGCACGACAUCAAAGCAAUAACCAACUGCUUUUUCGUACCGGACUGGUCGUCUUUGGGCGCUGGGCCCGCGGUAAGAGCAGCUAGCGGUGUUGCAUAUGGACUCUUCGGCUGGGCCGGCUGGCCAUGA